AUGAUGCGUCGAGGUGCCCAGAACUACGUCUGCUGGCGGUGUCUGUGCUCGGGCAGGUCCGAGAAGGCUGCCUUUCGCCGGGAAACCCUCGUGUCGCCCGCGUUACCGGGCUCUGGACCGUCGGCAUCACGGCCGUCGAUCUCUACUUUCUCGACACUUUCGAGGAUAUCGAUAUCGAGGACUGGGAGACUAUUGAGGACCGGAAGGAUAUCCAGGGGCGUCUAUGCUGCGACCGAGAGCCCUCUUGUGACCACUUCGUCUUCCCUCCGCCCCACGAUCGUCUCAACACCAAUCCUUCCCCUCCCCGCAUCACGACUCCUCUCGACGACGAACCCCGUCCCCGCCCAGGUUCAAGAGCGCUCGCCCUCCCGCUUUCCCAGGAACAGCAUCCGCGGACGUCUGCAAAAAUGGGAAGAAGAGAACCCGGCGUCGACCUUCCAGGUUCCAACAGAUGACUCGCCCGAUACAUCAGUUGGUAACAUCAUCACCAAGAAUACCAGCGAGCUCAACUUCCGCCUUGACGUGCCGCAGGACGAAGACGUUCGCACACCGCAGUUCGAUCCGGAUGACAUUAUCGACCUGGGUUCCGUCGGCGCAGUGCUGCAGCCUGGCGACUUGGUCGAGCUGCGGGCCAGUACAACACGGCUGCGGCUGCUGGCCAUCUGUCUCGGACUGUUCAACGGCCACUGGCACUUCUACACCAGCACGGGCAAAUGGCUGACGACUCGCGACAUGCGCUUCGGCUUCGUCGUGCGCGGCUUCGUCCAGGACCCGGCCGAGCUAAGAGCCGUCAUUGACGCCAUCCCGUCGACUUCAUCGUCCACUGCCGUGCUCAACGAGCUGCAAGAGCUCAACAUCGGCCCCUCGCGUGAUCUCGCCGCCAGCCUGCUGCGCCGCAUGUACGCGUUCCAGCUCAAGGCCCGCGAGAUCCAUCAGAGCUAUGUUGAGCGUCUUAGCCGCCCACAUCUGCUGCUGGGCGACGGUGAGCGCCUGUUGAGCCUGCGCGAGAUUGCCGAUGCCCUGCUGCCCUCUAGUCUGAAGCGCAACCAGGGCGUCUUCCCUCCCGAGGCCUUGUAUGCUGUAUACAGCGUCAUCGAGCAGGAUGAUGUGGCCUUUCGGUCUCUGGACCGCACGGCUCGCGUUAACGAGGCAUUCCUGUACCACUUCUACUCCUCCCGCGUGCAGAGAAGUGUCUACGAGGUCGAGGAGAUGGUACGCAACUACUUCGAGUCCAAAAGAUCAGGCUCGAAGUCCCAGACAAAGACUCAAGCGAACUCGGCCGCCCAGCUCGACCGUUUCUUGAAGGCAGCCCGUGAAGUCAUUGACAAGACUCGGAAGACGCGCAAGUGGUCUCCUCACGGCAUGAUCGGAACCUGCUCUUCUGAGCCCUCGUCGGGCUCUUCUUCCUCUCCCAUUCCUGCCCUUUGGUCUGAUGCCGGCAUGACUAUCAUCGAGUUCAUGCACCACUGGGCCGCUUCGGGUGGUUUCAGGCCCGGUUCACGCUGCCACGCUAUCGGCGCGUCAGUCCUGCGUGCCUUGGAGCGCUACGACGACGUGUUGUACGACACAACUACCGGCUGGACAUUCCUGCAAGAGAUCGGCUGGAUCGCCCCCUGGGACGUGGCCGCGCGUCAUCGUCUGCGCAUCCCGGGCAUCACGCUCGACCGUCACCCGGCCCUGCCGGCGCCGCCGGUGAGCCAAGAGCAAGCCAAGAAGCUUGCGCUGGGCGAAGACCGCCUGGCGGGCCUCCGCCAGGAGUUUGCCAGGUCGAGUGUUUUCUGCAUCGACUCGGCUGACACGCUUGACGUCGACGACGGUGUUUCCCUCGAGCCGGGUCCUGUGUCGGGCCAGCAUUGGGUCAAUGUCCAUGUGGCUGACCCAGCUUCGCGUAUUACUCCUGACCACCCGCUCGCCGUACAGGCUGCCAUGCGCGCCCAGACUUCCUAUCUAGCCGGGUGGUACCAGCGCAUGAUCGACAGCGAUGAGGUCCGCGAGACAUUCUCUCUGCGUGCUAACGCGCCAACGCUGACCUUCAGCGCUCUGGUCGACGAGGAGGGCAAGAUCCACGACUUCAAGAUCACCCCGGGCGUUCUCCGGGACGUCGUCUACAUGAGCUACGAGGAAGUCUCCCAGCUGUUCGACGAGGAGUCUACGCCGACUCAAGUGCCGUCCUACGAGCUAACCGUCGGCACCCCACCGCAGCCGAGCCCCCCCACCCGGCCGUUGGCCUCAGUUCGUGACCUCUCCCGUGCCCAGCGCAGCGAUCUCCUCACCCUACAUCGCCUCGCCAAGGCUCUUCAAAAUGUGCGUCUCUCCAAGGGCGCCGUGCCAACUUACCUCCCCCAGCCGCAAGCAACCGUCCGUCUAGACGCGGUCGAGCACACCCUCUUAGAGGCCAACUCCCCCAAGGCUGGCGACAACCCAGGCCUCGUCCUGUACCGGGGCGACCCGUACAUCCGUGUCGCGUACCAAAGCCAGCAGUCUCCCGCCUCAACCCUCGUCAGCUCCAUGAUGCAACUUGCCGGUGAGAUCGGCGCGCGCUGGUGCUACGAGCGCGAUAUCCCCGUCCCGUACCGCGUCCAGCUGCUCGCAACGCAGAACCAGGAAGCCCUGAAGAACUUUACAGAGAACGUCCUCUAUCCGAAGCUGCGAGCCGGCAUCAAGCCGACCCUUGAGGACUUCCAUACCCUUCGUACGUUGGUCGGCGGCUACGAGCUCUCCACAACCCCGACCCCCAACUACCUGAUGGGCCUCGACAUGUACACCAAAGUCACGUCUCCCCUGCGCCGCUACCCGGAUCUCCUGGUCCACUGGCAGAUCGAGGCCGCUCUGCUCGAAGAAGCCCGCUUGGGCAAGUCUCUCGCUGUUCGUAACUCUCUGAACCCAGAUAACCCCCCUCCCCAAGCUGAUCCUUCCCAAAAGCCCGAUAAAUCCUUUCUUCCCUUCUCCAAGCCCGACCUCGACCGACGGAUCUUGCCUCGCCUACGCGCCCGCGAGCGCCACGGCAGGCUGACCGACAACGUAGAUGGCAACAGCCAGUGGAUCCUGCAGGCCCUCGUCAGGGCACACUUCUUUGGUGAGAACCCGGAGCAGGUGCCCAAGACGUUCCGGUUUACGACGCUAGACACGCUGGGAAGAGCGGCCAUGUUCGGACGGCUGAAUUACUUCGAUUUGUCUGCGGUCGUGGAGCUGGCCGACUUCAAUAACGUGAUUCGGAUCGGCGAGGUCAAGAGCGGGAUGGUAUUUGAGGUCGAGUUGGUGAGGGUGAAUGUGCAUCGUGGAAGGGUGUACGUAAGGCUGUUGAGGAAGAUCGGGCAGGAGGAGAGGGAGGAUAUUAGGAUCCGCGUGGACCAGAUUAAACCUGUGGAGACGAGUCUAUAG